AUGGACAGAAAAGUUUCAGAGGUAGCCUGCAGCAGCAGCCGCCGCCAGCGCCUGCAGCAGCUGCCGCCCCUGGACCCGGUACGCUCUGUGCUGCCCUGCCUGUGCUGCCCGUGCCUGUUGCUGCCUGUGCCUGUGCUGCCCGUGCCUGUGCUGCCCGUGCCUGUGCUGCCCGUGUUUGUGCUGCCUGUGCCUGUUGCUGCCCGUGCCUGUGCUGCCCGUGCCUGUGCUGCCCGUGCCUGUGCUGCCCGUGCCUGUGCUGCCCGUGCCUGUGCUGCCUGUGCCUGUUGCUGCCUGUGCCUGUUGCUGCCCGUGCCUGUGCUGCCCGUGCCUGUGCUGCCCGUGCCUGUGCUGCCCGUGCCUGUGCUGCCUAUGCCUGUUGCUGCCCGUGCCUGUGCUGCCCUGUGCUCCCUGUGCCUGUUGCUGCCUGUGCCUGUGCUGCCCGUGCCUGUGCUGCCCGUGCCUGUGCUGCCCGUGCCUGUGCUGCCUGUGCCUGUUGCUGCCCGUGCCUGUGCUGCCCUGUGCUGCCCUAUGCUGCCUGUGCCUGUUGCUGCCUGUGCCUGUGCUGCCUGUGCCUGUGCUGCCCGUGCCUGUGCUGCCCGUGCCUGUGCUGUCUGUGCCUGUUGCUGCCCGUGCCUGUGCUGCCCUGUGCUGCCUGUGCCUGUUGCUGCCUGUGCCUGUGCUGCCCGUGCCUGUGCUGCCCGUGCCUGUGCUGCCCGUGCCUAUGCUGCCUGUGCCUGUUGCUGCCCGUGCCUGUGCUGCCCUGUGCUGCCCGUGCCUGUGCUGCCCUGUGCUGCAUGUGCCUGGUGCUGCUCGUGCCUCGUGCUCGCGCCCUCGUGCGCUCUGCUAUAG